AUGUAAAAUAAGCGUUUUUGGAAGGUUUUUUUACCCUUAGCAAUAUUAAAUUCCAAUAUGUCUGAUAAUAUAUCUGGCGAAGGGUCCUGGCCAACAUGGAAAAUUGCAUUAGCUGUCGGCGUGCCAGUUGUAAUUGCUGGUGUUGGCAUCUAUUACUUAAGAACUGGUUCGAAAACCAAAACACAAGAUUUGUUGCUGGAAGACGCAGAAAAACCUACCGCCAAAGAUGCAAGAAGUGAACCAGAAGGAAGCUCAUCACCUAAUAGAUCUUCCCAGUUAUCUGUGAAUGUAUCUUCUGAAAAUGCUUCUGUAAGCAAACCAAAGUCAAAAUUUCAAGAAGCGCAAGAUUUAAAAAAUGAAGGAAACCGAUUGUUCAAGCAAGGCAAAUAUGAGGAGGCAAUUGAAAAAUAUUCUGAAGCAAUCGCUGUGUGUCCUGAUAACCAUAACACUGAAAAAUCUACUUAUCAUCAAAACAAAGCAGCAGCGAUGGAAAAAAUGGAACGUUGGGGAGAUGUAGUUUAUGAAUGCACUGCUGCAAUUAAUCUUAACCAAAGAUAUGUCAAGGCUCUUCACAGGCGAUCUAAGGCUUAUGAGAGAUUGGAUCAGAAAGAAAACUGCCUUGAAGAUAUCACAACUGUGUGCAUUCUCGAAGGCUUCCAAAACAACAGCACCAUGAUGUAUGCUGAUUCUAUUUUAAAGCAAAUUGGAAAGGAGAAGGCUGAAAAGAAAUACAAGAAUCGCAAACCAAUGAUGCCUUCCCCCAUUUUCAUCAAGCAAUAUUUUGCAAGUUUUAAUGAUGAUCUUAUAUCUGCUGUAUUAACUGAGGAACAACGAAGUUCUGCUGAUAACAGUGGAUACAUUCGUGCAAAGAUAGCGCUUGAAGAUGGUAAUUACUCUACAGUGAUACAAGAAUGUUCGGCAGAAAUCAAUUCAAGUGGUAAUGAUGAUACACCCCAUGAAGCAGAGUUCACCCAGGAAAAAACAGAAGAUGCCGCCCCAUCCUACUUGCCCGAUGCUUUACUUUUAAGAGGAACAUUCUAUUUACUAUCCGGGAAUUCCGAUGAAGCAAAACCUGACCUGGACCGAGUAAUUGACAUGAAACAAGCACAUCCUAAGUUGAGAGCCAAUGCACUUAUCAAGCGAGGAAGCAUGAGUAUGCAACUACAGAAACCCGAGGAUGCUGAAACUGACUUCGAACUAGCUGUUCAAAUAGAUCAAGAGAAUUGUGAUGUUUUCCAUCAUCGUGGACAGCUCAACAUAUUAUUGGACAAAGUUGAUCUUGCACUGGCUGACUUUGACAAAUGUAUCGCGCUUAAUCCUAAUUUUGCAAUGGCUCAUGCCCAAAGGUGUUAUACCAUGUACAGACAAUCGCAUUCUAAGAAGGACGUCGUAAAAACAGAAGAAGCCAUGAACAAGUUUAACGACAUUAUUUCGCAAUAUCCGCAUUGCUCCGAAACAUAUGGUUUAUAUGCACAGGCCCAAACCGAUUGUGGAAACUUUGAGAAAGCCGACAGUUUAUUUCAAGAUGCAAUCAAGAUUGAACCUGACAAUGCUACACUGUUUGUUCAUAGAGGGUUGUUAGCUUUGCAAUGGAAGCAAGAUGUAGAGAAAGCUGUAAGUUUGAUUUCUAAAGCUUUGGAAAUUGAUGAGAAAUGUGAUUUUGCUCAUGAGACUAUGGGGACGAUAGAAGUGCAAAGAGGUAACUUGGAAAAAGCUUGCAAACACUUUGCUGUUUCAAUCGACUUUGCAAAGUCCGAAUUGGAAAUGGCACAUUUAUAUGCAUUGCAAGCUGCAGCUCUUGCUCAAGGCAAUAUUGCUAAGAAAUAUGGUUUGCGUCCUCCUAUGCCUGGUGGUAUUUGAAAUCCAUCAACAUCUACAAAUUACUUUAAAAGGGAAAUUAUAAUCUCCAAUCCGGCUUUGAUCUUGUUGAAUUCUUGCUUUGUUCUGAGCUGGUGCAUCGUGGACCAAAAAAAGCCUUCAAAUUCAAUUUAAUUAUGUUCAAUAAAACACAGUAAAUAGGAUAGAUCAUUUUAAAUCAACUUAAUAGUAUUUGGGUGGUCAUUAAAACUGAAAGAAUGAAUCACCUUAUCGUGGCGCUUGCGACAAAUAAAACAAAAUUCUGACACAA